AUGGCUGCUCCCAUUUCCAUAGCUCUUCUUCUCUCCCUCCUUUUUGAUAAUGUUGUGCCUUCUCAACCCAUUGAUUUCCUCUACAACAGAUUCAACCCACCAUACGGAUAUGGAUUCAACCAAACAAACCUUAUUCUAGAUGGAUUUGCUACCAUCAUCCCACAAAGUGGAGCUCUUGAGCUUACUAACAAAUCUUCUACUAAUUACAUACUUGUUUUUGAAAAAGUCCCCAAAGAUGAUAACCAAGGCGGCUAUGUCCUCGCCUUCACUUUAUCUCCUUCACCACAAUUUGCCGGAGCUGAAGGGGAUCACUACCUCGGAAUUUUCAACUCAACAAAUGAUGGGAACCCCUCAAACCAUACCUUUGAUGUUGGAUUCAACACUAUUAAUGGGCACAAAGAAGCACCAGAUACCCCAGUCCCCAAAGAUGUUAACAGAGGCGGCUAUGGCCUCGUCUCCAUUUUAUCUCCUUCACCGCAAUUUCCUGGAGCUGAAGGGGAUCACUACCUCGGAAUUUUUAACUCAACAAAUGAUGGGAACCCCUCAAACCACAUCUUUGCUGUUGAAUUCGACACUAUUGAUGGGCACACAGAGGCACCAGAUACCCCAGGCAACCAUAUUGGAAUCAACAUCAAUAGCAUGGCGUCAGUUGCAUCGGAGCCGGUUUCUUAUCAUUUUAGUCAUAUUGCUGUAAAGGAAGGAGUGAGGUUGGAGAGUGAAAAACCAAUCCAAGCUUGGAUAGAGUACGAUGGUGGAAAAGGGGUUUUGAAUGUAACCAUUUGGCCUGAAUCAAGACCAAAACAGGCCAACUAG